GGAAGAGGAAAAAAGAAGGGAAAGAAGAAGAAGAAGAAGAAGACGAAGGAAGAAGGUUGAGGAAGAAGUAAUGAACGCAGCUCAGUGAUUAGCAGUAAUGCUGCUGUUCACAGAGGAUGGAUGCGGAGGAACACCUGAUCGGCUGUGGUAGACAGAUACCGAACUGAGGUCCAUGCUUGGGGAAUAGAGCCUCCAGGCUGCAGGAGGGAGGAGGUGUGUCUGUGUAAAAGCCUGAGCAGUGACGUAGAAGUGAUGGGUCCAAGGAGGAAGGCGUCUAAACUCCAGCCUGUAGGGGGCAGCAGUGGAGGGGAACUGGUCCUGAGUCCCAGUGAGCCCAAAGACUACAUCAACGAGCUGUCCCAUGAAGUCCUCUGUCAUAUAUUCAGGUACCUUCCCAUGAAGGACAUCAUGUGUAUGGAGAGUCUGUCCAGGAAGCUUCGAGAAGCUGUGACUUUGUACCUGCGAGUGGUCAAAGUAGUGGAUCUGUGUGCUGGUCGCUGGUGGGAGUACAUGCCCUCAGGCUUCACAGACAGCAGCUUUCUUCUCCUCUUGAAGAAGAUGCCAGAUUUGGAGCAGCUGUAUGGCCUCCACCCUCGAUUCCUGGAGAGGAGACGAGUCAGAGGAUAUGAGGCUUUCAGUAUUCCUGGAGUCCUGGAGGCGCUACAAGCCUGUCCUAAUCUGCUGGGUGUGGAAACAUCCCAUCUGGAGCUGGUGGAAGCCAUAUGGAACUACAUGCCUCAGGUUCACAUACUGGGAAAGUUCCGCAACCGCAACGGAGCUUUUCCCAUUCCUGCUGAGAACAAACUCACCAUCCCCAUAACGGCAAAGAUCCAGACUCUACAUUUAGUGGGGGUGAAUGUCCCAGAGAUCCCCUGUGUGUCCAUGCUGCGCCACCUUUACCUGAAGUGGGUCCGUCUCACCAAACCACAGCCAUUUAAGGACUUCCUGUGUGUGAGCCUGAGAACCUUUGUCAUGAGGAACUGUGCAGGGCCAACCAACUCCCUCAAAUAUGUUCCCCUGGUCACUGGUUUGGCUUCAGCCCGGAACCUGGAGCAGCUGGAGUUGGUGAGAGUCCCCUUCCUGGGAGGGCUGAUCCAGCAUGUGGUGGAGGACAGCUGGAGAUCAGGAGGGUUUCGGAACCUCCACACCAUUGUGUUUGGAGCCUGUAAGAACGCUCUGGAGGUGGAUCUGGGCUACCUCAUCAUCACUGCUGCUCGCAGGCUUCACGAGCUGCGUAUCCAGCCUUCACUCACUAAAGAUGGAGUCUUCUCAGCUCUCAAAAUGGCUGAACUAGAGUUUCCUCAGUUUGAGACACUUCAUCUGGGAUACGUGGACGAGUUCCUGCUGCAGUGCAAGAUGAGUCACUCAGAGCUGGUGAAGUAUGGUCUGGCUGAUGUCAUUGAGAACCCAGGCAUCAUCACUGAUAUUGGCAUAAAGGUGGUGAACGAGGUGUUCACUAAUAUUAAAUACCUGCUCAUCUACAACUGUCCUCACUUGCACAACCCUCACCACUGGAUCACAGAUCAGUCCAGGUGGAGCCGUCUGGUUGAUCUCACUCUUGUUCGCUGUCAUGCUAUCAAACUGGAGUCCUUCUCCCAGUUCAUAGAGUCACUGCCCAGUUUGGAGUUUAUCUGUCUGGACCAGAUGUUUAGAGAACCACCCAAGGGCUGUGCCAGGGUGGGCCUGAGUGCAGGGACUGGUAUUGGUGUGUCCUCAGCACUGGUCAGCAACCAGAACUCUAACAAUGACAAUGACAACAACAACAACCACCACCACCACAACAAUGAGGCCAACCUGCCCCCUGCUCCUCCACCUGUCAACAACAACCAAAGACAGCAGCAGCAGCAGCAGCAGCAGCAGCAGCAGCAGCAGCAGCAACAACAACAGCAACAGCAACAUAAUGGACCAGUUGAGGUAAAUGGGAUGGAAGAUGAGGAAGAAGAGGAGGAGGAGGUGAUCCUGGAAGAGGAGAACAUGGAGGCUGAGCCUCAGAUAAAGCUGAAAGGAGCAGUGGAAGAAGCUGAUGUGGCUCCAGGGGCCAGUCGUCCAGCUGGAACACCACAACCUCCGGAUGAGGAGCAAGCAGGUCCCAGUGGUUUAGUCCAGCAGUGCAGACCAACCAGUGCUGUUGUUCCCAAGCCCCCACUGGUCAUCUCAGACUCAGACAGUGAGGAAGAGGAGGGCCUUGUUUCAAGGCUGAUGCCAGCUUCCUGUCUGCAGCAGCCAGCUUCCUGUACAGAAGGUAAAGGAAAGACUCCUCUGCGGCGGAGCAACAACGUGGCAGUCUCGGUGGCAGUGUCUGUAGAUCAGACAAAGACUCAGGUGUCAGACAGCAGCUGUGAGAAGAGCUGUCAGGUGACCAGUGAACAGAUCAAGGCAGAUAUGAAGGCUGCUGCUGAGAACAGCAGGAGGACUAACGGUAAAGGAAUCACUACUGAGGCUGGGGAGAGCACAGCAAGGCCAGGGGCUGACACUGGGACGGUACAGGGCUCUGGGAGUUCUGGAGUAGCAGCAAGGACAGGGGUGAGGCCGGUGACCGGAUCUGUAGUCAGAACUGGACCUGGGCCAGCCACAUCCAGGCAGAUAGGUGGAUGUGGAAGGGUUGUGACGGGGACCACCCACAGUACAGCUACAACCACCAACAGAGCUACAGGAACUGGCAGGGCUAAUGAUGGCACACAGGGCCACUCUGGAGCACAGACUGGGGACAGUUACAUGAGGGAGGCCAGGAUGAGGCUGAGCUCUGGUCCUGCUGGUAUGGAUAGUUCAGAGCACAGAGGGGCUCACAGGAGACAAGUACUGCUGUCUGGACAGGGAGAAAGACGACCUGGACCUGCUGCUGGGCCAGGUUCACAGCACGGUCAGGGCAGAGACGAGGAUUUUGUUCCCAGACGACCUCUGACCCGAUCUCGCACCCGUAUGUCAUCUGUGUCCCUGGUACCUGAGACAGAUCUUUCAAGAGCCAGGCCUCGUGUGUCAGUGAGGAGGAAAAGAAUGGCUGACAAAUCAACCAGCACCUCUGACCCAGUCACUGAGGAUGACCAUGUACAGAUUUUGUCUCUAAAGAGUAAGAACCUGGUGGGCAUCACUCUGACCAACUGUGGAAUCACUGACCUGGUCCUCAAAGACUGUCCCAAGAUGAUGUUCAUUCAUGCCACCAGAUGUCGAGUGUUGAAGCAGCUGAGGGUGGAGAGUGCCCCCAUAGUCAACAGGUUUGAUUAUGCUCAAUGUAAGAAGCUGGACAUGGAACAGGUCCUGGAUCAGAUCUUGAGAAUGCCUCCUGAGAGGAACCGCAUCAUCUACAUGCGUCCCAUGCACCAGAUUGACUCAGUGGCAUUGGAGCGUCAGCUCUUCCAGGGGCCCUAUCCCUACCACAUUGCUAUAGUGCAUGAGUUCAGCAACCCUCCAAACAUACGGAACAAGGUUCGCAUUCGCAGCUGGAUGGACACUAUAGCCAACAUCAGCCAAGAGUUGAUCAAGUACGAGUUCUUCCCAGAGGCCACCAGGACAGAGGAGGAUGUCAAAAAGUAUCCCAGAUACCCCUGGGGCAGGGACAUCUAUAUGCUGGAGGGAGUAGUGGACGGCGCCCCCUACAGCAUGAUUACAGACUUCCCCUGGCUGAGGACUCUGAGAGCAGCUGAUCCCAACAGCUACGCUCGCUAUGACUUUGAGGAUGAUGAAAGCACUACCAUCUAUGCCCCACGGCGUAAAGGCCAGCUGUCAGCUGACAUCUGCAUGGAGACCAUCGGGGAGGAGAUCUCAGAGCGCCGACAGAGCAAGAGAGGAGUGUUUCAGAGGGUGGUGGUCCUCUUCCUUCAUCACUGUGAUACACCUGGAGAACCUGUGGAUGACGACUACAUCUAGACAGCACAAGAGACUCCGUCACCUCCAGAGGGAUCCAACACUGACAGUCGCUGUAGCCACAGCCUGAGCUCCUGUCUGUCUGUCUGUCUGUCUGUCAGAGCCGUGUCCACACACACUGCCAUGCACAUGAUAACUCACAGACUUGACUGGCUCCAUGGAGAAGGAAUAAGUCCAGUGGGGGGUGCUGCUAAACCUGAAUUGGACAACAGAGGUGAAGGCACUUUGCAGAAACUCUUCCAAAGAAUAUGCUCUGUUGUGAUGUCAUUCAUUAGGACCAGACUAAAGGCUUGAAUCAGUUUUCGUGGGGAGACAAAAACAGAUUCAGUCUUUGUGUAUUUGAACAUUUGGAUGACGACUCACAUGAUGCUGAGCAGAGUCUUAAAGCAUGUAUGAGCCGCCAUUCUCUAAUGAAAGCUGAGUAACAGAAAGAGUAGAGGUGAGGUGAGAGCUCAGAUGGUGACUUCAGAAGAAUGUCCGUGUCAGUGAAUAUAAACAGUGGCUUCCAUCAUGAAUCCUGUUUCUGCUGUUCAGGCUGCCUCUGACAGUUUAACCCCCCCCGUGAACACUCACAGAGAGUGUUGGUCUGUACUCUCACCUGUCCACUGCCACAGGCGGCCUACCUCUGUACAUAUACGCACACACACACACACACAUACACACAUACACAAAUGGCCUUAGACACAGAUGUCACAGAAACUAUGCUUUUUAAUUUUUUUUUAAGUUUUUCUUUGGAGAUUCUUUUUUAUCACUCAGCCUGUGGGAGUGUUUGUGGCUCUGGGUGGUUGACAGUAUGUUUACCUCAGAAAAGAGACAGAGACAGAGAGUUGUUCAGAUUGUGGAUGAACCUCCCACCAGCUGCUGUCCUCACUAUGUAUGAGUUGUCUUUGCAUGUGUGGCCUUUUGGAUACAGAUCAUGGACUGUAAUACCAACUCCUGUACAUUCAGAGUGAUGGAUCAGAUCAGCUCCAUCAUACAGCCCACAUUCAUGUAUCUUGUCCUGCACGCUUUGUUAUGUUGACAUGCUGAAGGUAGAACUGACUCAGAAGGCUUCUGGUUGGCUGCUUCAGCCCUGCUCAGACACAUUUGAAUGUGGAAGCCACAGCAGUGAUAAGAUGCUGUUGGAUUUACAGGUGAGGUGUCUCCUGGUCUGACACAUGAUGCAGCUUUAUUUUUGUUGUCGUUAGCUUUGAGUUGAAAUGAGGUGAGGACCAGGAGUGUGUGGAAAAUGAGAUGUGAGUUCUGAGAUAAAAAAAAAAAAGAACUCUGAGAAUAAAAGAAGGGAGCUGUGACUUUUUCUCUAUUCAGACCUUUUUUCCCACCAUGGAGAAAAAUCAGACAGAUUUAAAGAGUGUAUAUUAUGACAGAUGGAAAUGCUCCUGAACAUGAACCUGAACCAUCACACCAUUUAAAGCCUUUCUUCAAUGAUUACUACAUCACUGUUUCCUGUGGCAUGUCGGGGGAAGUAGAGGAUUGGUUGGCUGAAAAGAUGCCACUGGUCAUGUGAUUGGACAGCUCUGUCCUGCAGUGGAGACAUCUGAUAUCAGAUAUUUAAAGGCUUUGGGUUGAGAGAGAUUAACAAUUUAGUUCAAACCUAACAGUGAAUGUUCAGACUGAGUGUGCAGGUUGAAUGGACUGAACAUGGAUGUGAGUCCAUCCUCCUGCUUGUGUACUGACAACUGUACAGAUGUCAUGGAUGAUGAUACGCUUCCAUGGUGUUUAUAUGUUUAUAAGGAAAGAACAAGACUAUUUCACAUACUGAAAAAUAAAAUAAUCAGAAAGAA